ACAGUUUUGCCGCACAAGAAUCAUUGCACUCAAUUAAAAUUAUUUUUAGUUCUUAAUAUUAAAAUUAAUUUUUAAAAGAAUCAUGAGUGGAACGCGUAAAACUAUGUAACAACGGACAAAAAUCCAAGAAUACAAAUAAAUAAUAAAAACGAAAACCUUUUAUUUUUCUCGGCAACCUAUUCGUCCUCACCUUCUUUUCACUCUUCCAAGUCGAGAAUUUUGGCUAGAAUUCUCUGCCUCUUCUCCCCUCUACCACCGCUUCAAAAGGUGGGAAAUGGAAUGGAAAAGGAAGAAGCAAAGGAGAAUGAAAAGCAGAAUAUUUUGGAACUACCCUUAGUUCACUCUUUUUUUGUAAUUGAUUGUUCAAUGAAAUUGCUAUUCUUCUUAAAUCCCUUUCAUUCCUUCUUCCUUCACUUGAACUGAUUGUAGAACCUGUGAUCUGCAACUGAUCUUUUGGUCUGAUGAACAUUGGAAGCUUUUUACAGACUCUAGGAUUUUCUGCCACAAGUCAGAAGCUCGAUUGCUGUUCUGUCAUCUGAAUAGAGAUGUCAGUUUGUAUGCAUGCUUGAAUUUUUGGAAACAGUUAUUGUGAUUUUCUGCUUCAACUUAUUUGAUUCUAUAUUGUACGUAAAAAAAAAUGAAAACAGCAACAAAAAAGAAAAAGAAAAACUGAAAUUUUGGUAUAUGAAUCUAACAAUCCCCCUAAUUUGAAAACUCCAUCCUCCAAGUAAAAAAACUCAUGUUGAGACUGUGUGUGUAUAUUUGUGUGAAGGAUAGGGCUCUUGUGUUGUUGGUUUUUGGCUAUUGGGCUAAUAUAGCAGCUUACCAGUGUCCACCAGCUUUGGAAGAGAAUGAGUCUUUAACACCUCAUGAUGGGUCAGCCUCUGCAAUGGCUGCAGGACUCCUGGUUAGUUUGGAUCUAGAAGUACCUGACACGUUUAGGCCACCUCCAACACCUUUGCCAUAUGAUGUGGUCUUGGGAUGCCCAGAGUCAACUGAUUCAGAGUCUUUCAGAGAAACUAUCAGUGGGGGUAGUUUUGAGACACUGCCAACAUGUGAAGAUCUUGAGGAAUCAGACUGCAAAACACUGUCUAGUUCUUUGCGCCUUUCACCAAGAAAAUCAGAAUUCUCAAAAUUAACUGAAUCUAAGGAAUCAAUGACAGAGGAAGAGGAUGCUUGUCCUAUUUGUCUUGAAGAGUAUGACACAGAGAAUCCAAAACUUAUCACAAAAUGUGAACAUCAUUUUCACCUCUCAUGCAUUUUGGAGUGGAUGGAAAGAAGUGAAACCUGCCCUAUAUGCGAUCAGGAAAUGAAUUUUGACCAGACUUUUGAUCAAUAACUCUUUAUUGAAGAUGGAAUUCUUUUGUUGUGUGAGAGCAAAGCUUGUCACUCUGCAUGCUGCAGAUACAUAUUAGUUUUUGGUCGUGCAGCUGGUCAGAUGGUGUGCCCACAAGGUUGAAGGUUACUUAAUUUCUAGCUAUAUAAAAGGUUGCAUUGUAUUCAGGCUGUCAAUAUUUUCAUCAAUUCUUCAAGGUUACGACUUAUGGGAGUAAAGAAUCAAGUUGACACAAUAUUAUAACACAGCUCAGGAUGUUAAUGCCCCUCUUCUGUGGUUAAAUAUUUUGUCUUCAGUUUUCAGAUCAGUGGCGGGAAGGAUGAUGUAAACAACAAGGUCAUUGGAGGGGAUCUGAAUCAGAUGCAAUGGAGGUUUGUUUUUUGAACAGAAUGAGCAAUUGUCAGUCUGCCAUGCUUCAUUUGAUGAUAAUCUAAGUUUUACUUGUACAUGUUUUCAUAUCAUUUCCUGUCUUUUUGUUUCUAUUUUUGAAUUUGAAUGUCGUAUGCUGCUUAUACUCAUCCUUUUCCGCCUUUCCUUUUCAAUGGUUUUGUCAGUCAUCUGUUUUCCUAUUUAGAUGGAUUUAUGAUGGAGGAUGUUGU